AGGCAGCAUUUUCCCGUCAGGGGGCGACGUGAGGAGGAGGAGAGGAGGAGGAGGAGGAGGCAGCACGGAGGGGCGGGUGCUAUGGGUGACAGGCGGUCACAGGUGCCGCGGCCGCCUCUUGAGUCGGAUGAGAGGCGCCUCCGCGCCCCAACCAGCUGCUGCCGCUGCUCCCCUCCCUCCACCCUGCGCGCUGCUGCUGCUGCUGCUGCUUCAGCCGUCAGCCAAGGGCAGCUCUUCCGAGGCGGCGCGUGCAGGGAAGGCAGCACGAGCCGAGCAGCUGCGCGCGAGGGAGCAGGGGAGAGAGAGAGAGAGAGACUCACGCCUGGCAGAAACCAAAACCACACUCUGCCACAGCUACAGGAUUUACCACAGGAUUACAAAGAUAAUUGAAGGUUGCUGAAGUCCUGGAGGAAAGUGGGCAUUCUUGCAAGCCUAGCGAAGUGUCACUUUGAGGAGGGAAGCUUACACUGAAGUUCUGGGGCGCAGAAUUUUGGAAGGUGGGGAAGGCAGCAGUGGUGGCGUGUGAAUGCCUGUUUAUAACCAGUGCCAGAGUCAAUAAUAUGGCAUAGAGAACAAGAAGGAUUUGCUGGAGAAAAGCUACUCAGACUUGCUGACUAUUUUUAUUCCUUCCUUUGUACCAAAAAUCCCCCCUGCUGCCACUCAAACACUGCUAAAAGAUGCCAGCCAAGACACCCAUCUACCUGAAAGCCGGCAACAAUAAGAAAGGGAAGAAAUUCAAGCUGAGGGACAUUUUGUCUCCUGAUAUGAUCAGCCCACCUCUCGGCGAUUUUCGCCACACAAUUCAUAUCGGGAAAGAAGGACAGCACGAUGUUUUUGGAGACAUCUCCUUCCUGCAAGGGAAUUAUGAGCUCUUACCUGGGAACGAGGGAGAGACAGCCAGCCAGUGUGAAGGCCACAAUGAGUUCCUAAGGGCAAACAGCACCUCUGACUCUGUGUUUGCUGAAACGCCUUCUCCGGUGCUAAAAAAUGCCAUAUCACUUCCUGCCAUCGGUGGUUCUCAAGCCCUCAUGCUGCCCUUGUUGUCACCGGUGACGUUUAAUUCAAAGCAGGACUCUUUGGGGCCUUUAAGGAAUCCCAGGCAUAGCUGCGAGCCCGUAAUGGAAGAAAAGUUGCAGGGGAAGAGCAAACACUUGGAGAAUGGGAAAAUAUACAAAGAUGACAUCACAUGGGAGCGGAACGUCCCAACAUCGCAUUAUACUAAUGGGAGAGACAGUCAUUCAUCCAGCCUUUCGGAGCAAUACACUGAAUGGCAAACAGAGGAGUUAUUUGACAAUGGCCAUCUUUCAUGUGAUCUAACCAAGACUCAGCCUAAAUCAGAAGACUCCCUUUCAGAUCUGGCAGAGCCUCUUCUUUCUUUGCAACUUGACCUCGGGCCAUCACUUUUGGAUGAAGUUCUCAAUGUAAUGGACAAAAACAAAACAUAGAACUUGCUGCUUUUUUUUGCCUCAAUCAUUCAUACAAACACAACUGAAAUGUAUUGGCGCCAUCCAGCUAAGGUUAAGCAAUUGAGGCUGCAAUCCUCUGCACACUUCUUUGGGAAUAAGCCUCAUUGAACUCAGUGAGCCUUACUUCUCAGUAAAGCAUUGGGUGCACCUUUUGAGGGUGAAUGGGAUUUAAGUGUGCUUAACUUUAGAUGGAUUGUGAUUUGCGUGUUUAUAUACAAAACCAACUCCCUUUGCAGUAGACAAUUUUUCUAAAACAAAUGACUUUAAACUAUUUUUUUACUUAAUUUCCAUGAUUUUUUUAACAUGGCAAAUGUCAGAUAACAAGAGGAUGUAUUUUAACAACACCAUUUUCAGCCAAUUAAACUGUUUUCUAAGAACCAAGAGUUGUCAUCAACAUAAUAUUUGGAUUGAUUCUGCAAGUAAGACAAUUAAUUCAUUUUCAGGAACCCUUUGGUUCUCAAGGACCCUGUGUGUGCCAGGCAGAAGAUUUAUGAAGUGAAGGCUAAAUGUUAAUUAGUUCAGCAUUACU